CGUCGACACUACUCACCGUGGACAUUGAGGUUCCACCUAUUCUUCACUCUGCGCAAUAUAUCUGAGGUCACUAUCAGGUUAUCGCUAAACAUAUUUUGGUUGGCUCGCUCUUGUGAGCGGCCGCAGACUCUCAAACAACCAUGCCUGUCGUCAAAGGAGGUGUUUGGACCAACAUUGAGGAUGAGGUGCUUCGUGCGGCGGUGUCCAAGUAUGGUAUGAACCAAUGGGCCCGCGUAUCCUCUCUCCUGGCAAGGAAAACACCCAAGCAAUGCAAAGCGCGAUGGGUGGAAUGGCUGGAUCCCGGUAUCCGUAAGGUCGAAUGGUCUCGAGAGGAGGAUGAGAAGCUGUUACAUCUGGCGAAGUUGAUGCCCACACAAUGGCGUACGAUUGCCCCCAUCGUCGGGCGCACGGCAACUCAGUGCUUGGAGCGCUACCAGAAGCUGCUGGAUGAGGCGGAAGCUCGGGAAAACGAUGAGCUGGGCCUCGGAGGUCCGUCCGGCGCAGAGGCAGCUGCUCCCAGUGCAGAUGAUGUACGCCGGCUACGUCCCGGCGAAUUGGACCCCGAUCCGGAAUCAAAGCCCGCUCGUCCCGACACGAUUGAUCUUGACGAAGAUGAGAAGGAGAUGUUGAGUGAGGCGCGUGCUCGUCUGGCAAAUACACAGGGAAAGAAAGCCAAGCGGAAGGCUCGAGAACGGCAGUUGGAAGAGUCGCGACGAUUGGCGGUCCUUCAGAAACGACGUGAACUCAAAAAUGCUGGCAUUAAUAUCAAGGUCGUUACCCGGAAGAAGGGCGAAAUGGACUACAACGCCGACAUCCCUUUUGAGAAGCCUGCAGCGCCCGGCUUUUAUGAUACCACAGAUGAACAAUCCCGGAACGAGAGGCAGCGGGAGAUGUUCGAUCCUCGCAAACAACAGCUAGCCAACAAACGGAAGGGUGACCAGGACGAAGACGCGGAACGCAAGAAACGAAAGAAUGACAAGAAUGGCAACUCCGCUGCGUUCGCAGCUGCAGCUCGCGCAGGCCAGAUGCAGAAGAUCAGAGAGGCAGAGCAGAGCAGCAAGCGGAGGGCGCUGGUGCUUCCGAGCCCCCAGGUUAGCGAAGGUGAAAUGGAGGACAUCAUCAAGAUGGGUAUGGCGGGUGAUAGAGCCAGUAAGAUGGCAGGCGAUGAAGAGGGAGCUCGAGGCUUACUCGGCAAUUACACCUCUAUUGUCGGUGGCACUCCUAUUAGGACACCCAGAGCACCCCCACAGGAGGAUCACAUUGCGAACGAAAUCCGAAAUAUCAAGGCACUCACUGAAACUCAAUCUUCUCUGUUGGGUGGCGAGAACACUCCCCUACAUGAAGGAGCGGCCACUACUGGUUUCGAUGGAAUCGCUCCUCGUCGCCAGGAAAUUGUGACCCCCAACCCUAUGGCCACUCCGUUCCGACAAGCCAACGGCGUUGGUGCUACACCUAUGCGCGGAGGUAUCGGACCUGGUGCUACUCCGCUACGGACACCCCGAGAUCAUUUUGCGCUGAAUCAGGCGGAGGCCGGGCAGCUGAUCGGGACUACUCCCCGUGACAUCAAGAUGUAUGAGCAAAAUACACGCCAGAGCAUUCGCAACAAGCUGGCCGCGCUUCCCAAGCCCAAAGAAACGGAGUGGGAGCUGGAAGAACUUCCCUCGGAAUCCGCCGAGCCCGCUGUAGAUGCAGAACUUACGGAAGAAGAUGCUGCUGAACGUGAUAGGAGAGAACAAGAGGCUCGAGAACGUGCCGCACAGGCUGAACUGAAGCGCCAAACACAAGUAUACCAGCGCGCCCUACCUCGACCAAGUGUUCUUGACAUUGAUGCGAUGCUGGACCGGGUUUCGCACAUCACAGAUCCAAUUACUGCGCUGAUUGCGAAAGAAGCUGCUUUCUUGAUUGCGCACGAUGCCCGCAAAUUCCCCGUGCCUGGUGCCAAAGUUGAGGGCAAGGCGCGAAAACUGGCGCGACUUGACGACAGCCUGAUUGAACAGGCCCGCGCAGCUGUAGCUGCGGAAGUUUCGGCAUCUGGGAAGCUCCAGGAAUGGCAAGAGAUUUUUGAUGAGCAGUGGUCGAAUAAGCAUUCUACUGUUCUACCGGGUCUUUCAAACUACGCCGACGAGGAGGAAGACGUCUUUAAACAAGAGCAGCGGAUGAUCGCCGCUUUCGAUAACGAGCAAGCCUCAUUGCUCGCUACAGCGGAGCAAGGAAACAAGCUAGAGAAGAAGCUUGCGCUACAUUAUGGUGGCUAUCAGAAUCGGGCAAAAACGCUCCGCACGAAGAUCGUCGAAGCCAGCGAUGCGCUCCAAAGAUCGAAGGAUGAGCUGGAUGCUUUCCGUACCCUACAGAUCUCAGAGGAAUCGGCGCUUUCGCGCAGACUCGAGAAGCUUCGAGACGAUGUUGCCUUCGUCAUGAGGAGAGAGCGUGAGGCGCAGGAUCUGUAUAAGAGCAGGAAGGACGAGCUGGAUGAGCUUGUGUCGGGCACGGGGGGCAUGGUGAAUGGCUGGCACUGAAGGCUCAGGAUAAGAUACCUAGUUUGACCUUUGACCUGGUUAUUCGAAUUGAAUCAUGGCCCGCAUGCACGAUUUGUAUAGUAUUGUUUGCUCGGUUCCUUAGAUAUGCGCAGAGCGAUGUGACGGCACUUUCGUCAUACAAUUGGUUACAAAACUGGAUUUAUAGCACGUAAGUAUGCUUAGCACAGCUGC